AAAUCGAAACUCCUCUUUACCAUCGAUCGUUGACGCUAAAGAAGAAAGGCUUUACAGAGAGAAACUGUAUCUUUGUGGGGUGGUUUAAUCAAUUAGCGAGGACCUGAGAGUCUCAAAGCUUCAUCUCAUACGCAAACAACAGGUUGUUUUUAUCAAAGCGUCGUCUCAAAGCUUUGCUCGAUUAACCGCCACGUCGUUUUAUCAAUUGAGCGGUUAUGGCUGAGCCAUCGUCGUCUUUAUCGCCAUCAAUGGACGAGCUGAUUCAGCUCGUCAAGCGCCUCGGAACCUAUCUCGCCCUCAAGAUGUCCAAUCUCUCCUCGAUCUCUCUCCAAAAGCUGGAUCCACGAUCUGUUGGGGCCAUUGUAGGGCUUGCUGUUGCAUUUAUCUUUACCUAUAGGUUGAUGAGAUCACCUUUACCGCCUCCAAGAAGACAACCGAAACAUCAAGCUCCUACAACUAGUAGCACUGCUAUCAGUACCCAGUCAAAUAUAACAUUGACGCCUUCUGGAGUUUCUUCAUCGUCAGAGGAUUUAAGAGCACAGAAUGCUCUUGAUGAGUUUUUCCAGCCAGUGAAGCCAACAUUGGGGCAAAUAGUUAGGCAGAAACUGAAUGAAGGUAGAAAGGUAACAUGUCGUUUACUUGGAGUGAUCCUUGAGGAAAGCAGUCCAGAGGAGCUGCAGAAACAAGCAACUGUAAAGUCCUCUGUGUUGGAUGUGCUAUUGGAGAUUACCAAAUUUUGUGAUCUUUAUCUCAUGGAGAGAGUUAUUGAUGAUGAAAGCGAAAAAAAUGUUCUUCUGGCUUUGGAAAAUGCAGGGAUUUUCACUUCCGGGGGUUUGGUGAAGGACAAGGUUCUCUUUUGUAGCACAGAGAAUGGGAGGACAUCUUUUGUUCGGCAACUAGAACCAGAUUGGCAUAUCGACACAAAUCCUGAAAUAGUUUCUCAGUUAGCCAGGUUCAUCAAAUACCUGCUCCACGUAUCCCUGUCAAGCUGAAUGGACUGCGGGUAAGGUCUUCAGUUCUCCAUCCUUGGAACACUUCUUCGGAUGCGUUUGACACACCAACUGGUAAAAGAAAGAGA